AUGCGCGCACCUGUCGCACUGCCGCGUUCUAGGCGCGUCUUCGUUAACUCUCACCGCUUUUCACCGCCGCAUCACCGAUGCACAGGGAGAUUGCACGACGGCGACACGCCUCUGUGGAGUCGCGAGGUGACAGACCGCACAAGCACGACGAUGAGUCUCAGCUCCUCCAUCGGCAAUGUGGUCUCUGGGGACCCUUUACAAGUGCCGUUUCGGGCUCUGCUGCUUGGGUACGCCACCCACCCUACGCUGCUGUCUCUCGUGACGGGCCACACGCUGCUGUUCGACGCGCUGUCGGCGAACCCCGACCUGCAGCAGCAGCGCACAAUGCUGAAUCCGUGCAGGGGGCACCUAAUCGAGAUGCAGGGGCGGUGCGUCGAUGCCGCUUGGCGCCUCGUUCGCUAUUAUCGAGCGGAUGUGCAGCGGGUGCUCGAGCUUCCCUUGAAGCACCGCCACCUCCUUGACGACAUGCGUCUCGUGUACCUCAUCACCACUGCGAGCCCCAACGCUAGUUUGCUGGUGUCCAAAGAGCUGACACACCGUCGCGAAUUAUCGCUAGACGUGGCGUGCACGUUGCUCUCCCUCCCUUGCGCCCCUGACGUCCUUCGCGCGAUUCUAGUCUUCACUCUCCGCACGCACGCGGCCGCCGUCGACGCGCCGCACUUCCAGCGGUGCGCGCACGCACUGCUCAGUAACGACAACUUCUUCAGCGAGCGAACUUUUGCCUCCAUGCACAGCCUCCUUCACGACGUUUUGCUGCCGUCAGUGCGCCGUGGCGCUGCCCGAAACGACUCUUUUGACUUUGUCGCUGUGCGUUGGACGACGGUGAUGAACAAGUGGUCCCGUGUGUACGCAAAAUCUGGACGGGGCUUUGACCUGCACGAGUGCUUGGAAAAACUUCUGGAGGCUGUCCCUGCGGCCGAGACGAAGCUGCCUGCUUCGUUCUACAUACGGCUGCUCGGCGCACUCCUUGAUGCAACAGCGGCAAGCGAGGCCCCGAGGAGCGCGAAAGCUGGUUGGGAACGCAUGAAGACGGUGGCCAGCGACGCCCUUCGCCUCUUUGGGCGCAACCCGGAGGAUCUGCGCGCUGUUUGGGUGUUACUUCUCAAAGGAGCGCUGACACUCUCUCCCGCUGAGGAGGAUCAUGGGCGCCUUCUCGAAGCUUAUCAUCUGUGCGCACAGCGUGGCCAUGCAUUGGUGAUUGACCGACAGGGGUUUCGGCAAGUAAUUCGACUUGUUGCCGCUGCAGUGAGUGCGCUGCCUCUUCCGCAGGUCACACAGUUAGUGAGGAGCUUCUGCACUUUUAUGCAUGAGCAGACUUCUGUCAGCUUUCUGUGGUUGCUGGACGGAGUCGGCACAGUGCUUACCGAGCUGUGGCAACAUCACCGACUAGAAGCCCAGGGAGAGGCUGAGCAGCUGCUGCGCGUGUUGAGGACACUGCUGCGCGAGCGGUGCGUGAGUGGGGUCGAAUUGCACAGCAAUCCCGUCAUUGCCCGCGCCCUGGACCACUUCCAAAUCGGUGGCGCAGUCGCAUACUGGUGGACAUGCGGGUGCGGUGAGGUGAUUCCUUGCACUUCCAAGCGCUGCGCAUCGUGCCUGCGCAAGUCAGGCGUGUCGUGGGUUUGCCCGCAGUGCCACGCGGCCCACAAGCUGCCGUGCAAAACGCAGUCCUGCUCGUGUGAAUGUCUCAACCCUCGCAUGGCCGCAGCCGUCAGCGCCAACGUUUCCAUCUGCGAUAAGUGCGGACUCGUCACGUCCGUAGGCUGUAUCUGCGCCCGUUGCAAGCAGCAGCGCCAGGAGAGUGAGAGCACGGUGGAGUGCGCCCACUGCCAUGGCACAUACAAGGGUAACGGGUUGCAUUGUCCUCAGUGCUUUGCGCCGAACCCGGACAAGCACCUGUAUCUGUGGCACUGUGUGGACUGUGACGACUUCAACUACUCCAUUUGGUCAUCGUGCCGCUCCUGCAAAACGUCGAGACGGAUUGGUGCACUGCGCGUGUCGUUUGUGCCGUGGAAAUGCGGCUGCGGCGCCCUUAACCACCCUUGCCGCCUCACGUGCGGGAGGUGCGGCACUGACGAACACCACCACACGUACACAUGUGUCGGAUGCGACGCCCGCGUCUCCCUGCACUCGCUGCAUCGUACUCUGCUUACCGUAGAUGGAAAGGCAGUUUCCCUGCACCUCUGCCCGCAGUGCCAGUGUCCCCACCCCCGCGACGAACUUGUGCUAUACUCACCGUCCUUUUCCCGGCACUGCAUGCUGUGCGCACACACGGUGAAGCCCUCCAGCAUCACUGCGAGCGGCUCAUUUUUUCACUGCGACACAGUGCAGCGGGUGAAUGAGCACUACGUGUUCUGCUGUACCCACUGUGACUACACAGAACUGCAGACAGGAUACCAUUGCCAGCGGUGCCAUUUCCCUCGCCCAGAGGUGGAGGCGUUGCUACAGGGUGAGGAGGCCGGUGCCGCGCCGCUCAGCCACGUAUGGCGCUGCCUUCACGAGACGGCCGACGGCGCACUGUGUGGUCAGUGGAACUACGGCUGGAGCGCGCACUGUCUCGCUUGCAGGAGAGGGCGUCCUGACUCGGCCUGCGAGUGCCGUGCCAAGGCGCAAAUGUGGGCGUGUGAGACCUGCGGGGAGCUGAAUCGACCCAUCGAUGUUCUCUUUUGUGCGCACUGCAAGACUGGGCUUCAGCCUGUGCUGGCGUGUACCACGUGCGGACUGCCGCACAUGUCCUACGCCUGUCGCGUGUGCCUUUGA